AUAGAAGCUUCAGGACAGAGAGAGAGAGAGAGAGCGAGAGAGAGAGGGUACUGAAAUAGAGAGAAAUUGCAACGGAGAGAAAGUGGGGGGACCGCGUAAAGAUUGUAUAUUGUCUGCCAUUUGUGCAGGCCAAUGAAAAAUAACAAGUAAUAUAAAAGUCAAACGUUCGAGCGACCGACAGAGGAGAUUAUUGCACUGUUAUUCUACAGAGGAAUAUAAAAAUGUCGUCUCCAAGUCCGGGUAAAAGGCGAAUGGACACCGACGUGGUGAAACUUAUUGAAAGUAAACAUGAAGUCACAAUCUUGAGUGGACUCAACGAAUUCGUAGUGAAGUUUUACGGACCACAAGGAACACCGUACGAAGGGGGAGUGUGGAAGGUCCGAGUAGAUCUGCCGGACAAAUACCCUUUCAAAUCUCCAUCCAUAGGGUUCAUGAAUAAAAUUUUUCAUCCGAACAUCGACGAAGCGUCAGGAACCGUGUGUCUAGAUGUAAUCAACCAGACGUGGACUGCGUUGUACGAUCUCACCAACAUCUUUGAGUCGUUCCUGCCCCAGCUGCUGGCCUACCCCAACCCCAUAGACCCGCUGAACGGAGACGCGGCCGCCAUGUACCUCCACCGGCCCGAGGAGUACAAGCAGAAAAUUAAAGAGUACAUUCAGAAAUAUGCAACAGAGGAGGCGCUGAAGGAGCAGGAGGAGGGAGCCGGGGACUCCUCGUCAGAAAGCUCCAUGUCGGAUUUUUCGGAAGACGAAGCGCAGGAUAUGGAAUUGUAGUAUAUAGAGUCACCCCGUAACCACAGAGACUAUGUGAUUUCCUAACCAUGAGAAGCAGACUUAAAAUAUUCAUAUUUAAACAGGGCGAUUUUGUUUUUUCUGUUUUUUUUUAUUACUAAAAAACGAAAACAAAAAAACAAAAAAAAAACAAGGAUUUUUAUGGAUAUAGCGUCGGUGUAUAUCUCACCCUCUUAGAUGUUCUUCACCUCUCGGUCAUUUCUCUUCCUGCCCCCCCCACCCCCCCCCCCCCCACUUUAAGGCACACAACAUCUCCCCACAUUCCACUUUGGUAGCUGCAUAGCUCGAAUGCAUGUGAUCAUCCCCCCCCCCCCUUCCACCCGGUCUACCGUACUCACGUGCGACUAAACUUCUAGAACAAAAUGGAGGGCCCCUCCUGACGGGGAGGCCGAGGGGAAGCUCGACUCUUCACCAUGUGACCCGUCGCCGUGGAAACGCUGUACUCGCGUUUGGGCUGCGACCGGAAAGUUCCCACUCCUUUAGCCCCCUUUUAAAGUUUUUUUCCCCCCUCUCUAUUUUCCUUUAUAUGACAAAAGAGAGUGUUGAAACUUGAUUGGAUAUGUGAAACGCCGUCUGGUCCACUCGCCGAUCGUUACUACCCACUCAGCGUUGGCCUCUCUCCGCGGCUGUUUUUCUUUUUUUGGCGGCUGGUUUUCUUCCCUCUUUAAGUUUGUGGAUUGUUACAGAUACCGAAACGGGCGGCGGAAAUCUGAGUGGUUGUUUCGUGCCAUUAUCGCGUUUUGGCCUUCCUCUGGAUCGGACCGCCAAACCGCCGCCUGUCGUGGCACGUCCACCACCCGCCAUCCUGUCCAACCGCCCGCGUUUCCCGCUUGAAUUAGGGGACCAGCAGGCGGACGUCGAAACGUUAAAGGGGAUGUUGUUUCUGAAUACCAGGCCAGCGUGCUUGAUCCGCUGAUACUCACCGGAGAAUAGUUUUCCAAACUCCCUCUCACCAUAGACAGUGGUUUUCAGUACAGCACACCUGCUGACUCAUGCUAUUAGAAGCUACACGCGUGUGGAAUCCCGGUGAAUAUUUUUGAACAAAGUUCCUGUCCGAGUUCCUCCCCCCGAUUUCUCUCCCCUUGCUCUCUGAGCUCCAGCAGCCGUUCAGGGUGUCGCAGGGUCUCUCCUCCCCGAAAUGAAAGAGCGGGGAGAAACGUCCGGUCUCCGAAACCCGUGGCGUACCAUCGCCCUGGCGACCGGCAGCCCGCAGGACGAGCUGCGCAGCGGAGCGUCCGGUCGCGUGACUGCGCAGCAUCCCCCUCCCCCUCGUGUCUGUGGGGGCGCGUUAUUCCCCUUUAAAUAACCACACAGAGUGCUGCCAGGGGCGCUGGACACUGUCCGUAUCCAUAAAGCACAAUUAUUAUUUUUUAAGAUGACAUUUUGUUUCAUGAAAAGAGAAAUUUAAAAAGUCUGCCUGUACCCCCCCCUUCAUUUUAUAUCCCCAUCAGUUUCCAGAGAACUUUUUUCUUUUUCUUUUUCUUUCUUCUUCAGAACAUCCUUUUGUACACUGUGGCAUGAUACAGAAGUGAAGUUGUGUAGGGCUUCGUUGAGCUAAUAUGAUAAUAUUUAAGAGACGCUUCCGCUUGUGUGGCUUCUCUCUCGGGGUUAGAGGUGCGUACGUAGCGCGUGUUGGUUUUGCUCGGUUCUUCUUCACUAGAAGGCGGGAAUCGCGGUGGGGAAUCUCUGCGGGGUCCUCGUAAAACUCGUCGAACUUCUCAACUUGCCUAUCGCUUGUGCUAAACUAUAUAAAUAGGUGUUUGACUUACGUAGGGAUAGUUAGUUUGCUGGGUGGUGAAUUCAGUUUAAAAAAAAGUAUGGUUUUAUUACUCAUAGAAAUAGCUUUGUUUGAGCUAAUGGGGGAAAAAAAGGUGUUUGAUUUCAGUUAGUCUAUUCUGUGGAUUAAAAAGAUAUUCCAAAGAUGUGUACAUCCCUGCUUGUCCCUUUAUGCAAAUUCAGCAGACUUGUACAGGUCAACCGAUCUCUGAGUUCACAUAGGUUGCUUUUUUAAAAUUUUUAUUUUGGGACACAGAUUAACAGAGAAUUGCGUUUAAGGAUUAUAGCGUAACAACAGAGUGCGUAAGAUCGUCUUCAUGCAAAUGCAGAGAUGGAAAGAUAAACCUGUAAUAUGUGAUCAAUGCCACACUGGGAUAAAGGAUUAACCUUGUUUUUUUUUUUUUUUUUUUUUAAUUUUUUUUUUUACUUUUUCUUUUUUUCAGUAUUCUCUUGAGGUCUGGCCGUUAAAGGUGGCUGGAUUUUCCAGCCGUGGCCUCAGAUUUUCGGAUCAGGACCAGGUCGACCCGUCGAUUUAAUGCCAAACAGAGUGGCCUGACUCUGCUUCCUGAGAUGGGGCAGGUGCAGCUGGCCGCUGUUGCUCGGGUCUCUUCAGUUUGUCCGAGUCAGCUUACCCUUUACCCCGAGCUGUCUGUCUAUUCAUGGUAGGAAAAGGGGCUAUUUUAACAAAUUUAAAAAAUCUAAUAUUUAAUGGACACCGUUGUUAUAAGACGGGUAGUGGUGGUUCAUCUAUAUUGUACCGUAUGAGUACACUUGAAUUAUUACUUUUUUAAGUUUUUUUGUUUUGUUUUGGUUUUUUUUGCCAGUUUUUAUAUCUUUAUUUCUUCAAAUUUAUGCAGUAUUGUAUUCCAGUCAAAUUAAGAAAAUAAUUAAAAAUGCGGCUGUGUGUUAACAUGCUUGUGUUUAUUCAUUGGAAGGCACAUGCAGUGCAAGGGGGAGGCAGUCUUGCACAGAAGAGAGAGACCCAAGCGCUGGGGUUUCUUAAUUUUCCCUUUCUUUUAGGCUAUGGGCGAAGCUUGUUGACCUGCAUACACCAGUGUCUCGUGGAAAAGAGCCACAAUGGCCGCCUGCCUCUCAACCACACUCUGUUGCUAUGGUAGCAGCACAUGACAACAACAAUGUGGGACAAUCUGUGUAGAAAAAUGAAGUCAGUGGUUUUAUGUUGUGUUCCCUGCACCCCCCCCUCCACUCCCCCUCCUGAACCACACUGACAUGAGGAAUAUUUAUAACCUUUAUCAACCUUGUUUGUUUUUAACCCUCAUGUCAAGUAAUAAAUGACCAGGCAUCCAAAAUUCUGAAGGAAAUUUAAAAUAAAUGUGCUUCCCUUGUAACUUUAAUAAAGUAAUUAAAAGGCUGAAAAAAUUACAUUUCUUCUGUUCCAGGAUUUUUAUUCAUACCUACAAAAAAAGGUAACAACAGGCUUUUCUCCCUGAGGAUGUGACCCAGUUUUAAUACACAUGGCUUGUGUCUCCAUCACGUAUUACAAGACGAUGGGUGCAAGUGAGUGUAACCUCUGUAUUUUAACACGCACACGCGCUCGCACGAAGUCAGGGACAGCGCGAGCAAUGUACAGUUCAGCCUACUGGCUGUGGCUGGUUGCCUCUUGUCUCUUAGCAACGGGAAGAUAAAUUUCCGUCUUCCGCCAGCAGCUCCGGAGCUUGCGGCUUCGCGUUGCUGUUCGGAUGGUGCAAGUGCAAGCGAACCGAACAGGGCUGACGCUAAGUUCUGUCCGUUUGUUUUGCUUCUUUACCGCGGGGCGUGCAGUUUCGGACACGACAAUAGCAACGUUACGUUAGCAGUCUUUAUUCGGUUCCUCGUUUGUGCGUGAUACUUGAGAAAUUUAAAGGGCGGUUUGAAUCCGUCCCGAGUCUAUUUCUCGCCCCCCCCCUCUCUCUUCACCCUCCCACACUUUCUUCUCCGCUUGUUUCUUUUCCCCCCAUCCCUACCAUUUCUUUGCAUUGUGAUUAUGUAGUGGGCAUGAGUGUCGUAAUGACAAAUGCCCUCUAUCUAUAGGAUUAUAACCUCUUAAAUAGUUGUGUACAAAUAAACUGUAAUAACUUCUUUUUUAAUAAAAAGCAUUAAAUGUGUACAAAAUA